UCCGGUCGGUCGGACCGAGCGUGCCAAGAUCAUCGACUCGGACCGCCCGUCACUCCGCCCGCCCGCCACGACCAAAAACAGCUCCCUCCUGAUCCCUCUCGACUCGUGAUCUCACCUCCCCCCCACCCACCUCCCCGAGUUCGAACCCCCGAUUCGAACUCGGAAUUGAUGGUCACGGCCCCCGAGUGCGUCCGAGUUCCGCAACUGGAAGCGCUGUUGGGGCCGCGUACGGACGAGUCCAGCGGACCCCCUCGGAGCGGAUGCCGUGAGACCGGCCGGAACGGAGUGGAGCGGCAUCGAUUGAAGCGAUCGACGGGCGCCGGACUCGAACCCUGAGAUAUCGAGAGGCUCGACAAGCUGCCCGAUCCCAACUGCGCAGGCUCGAGCAAAACUCUGCCCUGGCUUCAGCCACUCGCUCCGUCAUCGAGUUGACUUAAUUGGACUUGAGCGGACGACUCGAUCCGACUUUGGCGACACGGACAGGCCUGCUUGCUCUUACGGGCCUCACUCAAUCUGGCUUUGCCGGACUCAAGCUGCGUGGACUUGGGUGAACUCGACCCCUGCCCGAGCUGCACAGGCCCUGAGCUACUCAACCAGACUCGAGUGGUGGACUCAAUACGCCCGUCAGUCGGCUCGACGAUACACGGCCGACGCGUAUUCGACUUGAGCCCGGCGCAUCCCCGUCCACACAUUGCUCAGGCGGACUUUUGCCCUACGCGGCACUUUGGAGCUAACCCUCAAUUUGACCCGAGCGUGGACCCACCCAGAUUCAUCCACCGCUGCCACCUCUGCCACCUCCUCCUCCCGACGCGUCGCACGCCGCCGGUCUUCAUCGUAGCCACCGCUGCCGCCGCCACCACGGGCCCAUGCCGGUGCCACGCGGGGGCCCGGGCGACAGCAAGCCGUCGCUGGACUGCUUCUCGCCCAUGUUGUGCCACUGCAAACUCGCCUGCACCAACAGCACCAUCUCGCUCAUGUUCGGCUGCAAGAAAUACCGCUAUCAGGAUGAGGACCACACGCCCCCCGAGAACAGCCCCCCGCACUCCGGCAGCGAGAUGAAGAGCCCCCCGGAGCUGGUGCACGUGGCGGAGAAGAGCCUCUCGCAAGUGGAGAACGUCCACGGAUACGUGGCCCUCACGCAGCUCUCCCCCAUGAAGACGAACUCGCCGCCCGUGAUCGUGAGCACUGACACCUUGGACUCGUCGCCAUACCUGAACGGGACGGACGUGGACUACGAAUAUGAGGAGAUCACGCUGGAGAGAGGGAACUCUGGGCUUGGAUUCAGCAUAGCGGGGGGCACGGACAACCCACACAUCGGGGACGACCCCAGCAUCUACAUCACCAAGAUCAUCCCAGGGGGUGCCGCGGCACAAGACGGGCGACUCAGGGUGAACGACUGCAUCCUGCGGGUGAACGAGGUGGACGUGGUGGACGUGACGCACAGCCGCGCCGUGGAGGCCCUCAAGGAGGCCGGCUCCAUCGUGCAGCUGUACGUGCGGCGACGUCGCUCCAUGCGCGAGACCCUGGAGGAGAUCAAGCUCAUCAAGGGGCCCAAAGGGCUGGGGUUCAGCAUCGCGGGCGGCGUCGGGAACCAGCACGUUCCCGGCGACAACAGCAUCUACGUGACGAAGAUCAUCGACGGUGGAGCGGCGCUGAAGGACGGGCGGCUCCAAGUGGGCGACAGGCUCCUGGCUGUGAACAGCAUGAGCCUGUCGGAGGUGACGCACGAGGACGCCGUGGGGACGCUGAAGAACACCUCAGAUGUCGUCUACCUCAAGGUGGCCAAGCCCGUGGGCGUCUACACGAGCGACUCCUACGGGAGCCCCCCCGACGUCGCCAGCAGCUCAGCGUACUCUCAGUCCUUAGACAACCACGUGGGUCCCGGCUCCAACUACAUGGGCAGCCCAGAGUACAAGAGCGCCCUUCCUCCCCCCUCGCCCGGACGAUACUCGCCCAUCUCCUUCUCCAAGCAGUCCAUGAUGGACGACGAGCACACGCGGGAAGCGAGACGAGUGGUGCUGCACAAGGCCUCCUCGGGCCUCGGCUUCAACAUCGUCGGGGGCGAGGACGGGGAGGGAAUCUUCGUCUCCUUCAUCCUCGCGGGCGGCCCGGCGGACCUCAGUGGGGAGCUGCGGCGUGGCGAUCAGAUCCUCUCGGUGAACGGGAUUGACCUGAGCAGCGCCACGCAUGAGCAGGCGGCCGCCGCCCUCAAGGGAGCCGGCGCCACCGUGAACAUCGUGGCGCAGUUCAGACCGGAGGAGUACACCCGCUUCGAAGCCAAGAUUCACGACCUCCGGGAGCAGAUGAUGAACAGCAGCAUCAGCUCCGGAUCGGGCUCGCUGAAAACCAGCCUCAAGCGCUCGCUCUACGUCAGGGCGCUGUUCGACUAUGACAAGACGCGUGACAGCGGGCUGCCCAGCCAGGGCCUGAGCUUCAAGUACGGGGACAUCCUGCACGUGACCAAUGCCUCGGACGACGAAUGGUGGCAGGCGCGGCGCGUCACAGCCGGCGGUGACUCGGACGAGAUCGGGGUCAUCCCCAGCAAGCGCAGGGUGGAAAGGAAGGAGAGGGCGCGGUUAAAAACCGUGAAGUUCAACGCCAAACCGUGCAACAUCGACGGAAAAGGGCACUCGUUCAAUGACAAACGUAAAAAGAGCUUCAUCUUUUCGCGAAAAUUCCCCUUCCACAAGACGAAGGCGCCAAGCGAUCAGGAAACUGUAGAGACGGAACAGCUGGUCACACCUGUUCCUCCCAGCGGUAAUGAAAACCAUUUGAGGAGCCCCGAAGAAAAUAUUCUGUCGUACGAGCCCGUGAUACAACAAGAAGUUCGCUACACCCGGCCGGUCAUCAUCCUGGGGCCCAUGAAGGAUCGAGUGAACGACGACCUCAUCUCGGAGUUUCCGGACAAGUUUGGCUCCUGCGUGCCACACACGACGCGGCCCAAGCGCGAGUACGAGAUCGACGGGCGCGACUACCACUUUGUGUCGCGGGAGCAGAUGGAGAGGGACAUCCAGGAGCACAAGUUCAUCGAGGCGGGGCAGUACAACGAGAACUUGUACGGCACCAGCGUGCUGUCCGUCCGCGAGGUGGCUGAGAAGAAGGGCAAGCACUGCAUAUUGGACGUUUCUGGAAAUGCGAUCAAGAGGCUCCAGAUUGCGCAGCUCUACCCCAUCGCCAUCUUCAUCAAGCCCAAGUCCCUGGAGUCCAUCCUUGAAAUGAACAAGAGGCUGACGGACGAGCAAGCGAAGAAGAUGUACGACCGAGCGCUGAAGCUUGAGCAGGAGUUUGGGGAGUAUUUCACAGCGGUCAUUCAGGGCGACACCUUGGAAGAGAUCUACAGCCAGGGGAAGCAGAUUAUCGAAGAGCAGUCGGGACCAUUCAUCUGGGUGCCUUCGAAGGAAAAGCUGUGAAUUUAAUUCUCCAUCCUGGCCAUCCACCCCCCCCCCCCCCCAACGACGGUUCGACACCACUCGGCCUCUCGAUUAAUUUUCACGCAGAAGCCUAACGGAUUUGUUGUCUAGCCCGCCCGCCCGCCCGCCCCCUCUCUCUCUCCCUCCCCGUUUAGUAAACUUCGAAACUUGAGAAAGCGUUGUCGUGGCGGGGGAGGAUUGAGCGGUGGUGGGGGGGGGCGGGUGUCGGUGGGUUGGGGGGGGGGGGCUAAAGGAAGACGCAACCAAAAAAAAACCACACACACCGACACUAAAUCAGAGUCUGGUGCCACUCGUCACGUCUUGCCGGCACGCUUUUAACGCUCCUCGGCGAUGCUGCGGCUAAAAAGGCCUCUUGUAAAUAUUAAUAGCUGCAA